AUGAGCUUUGGAGCCCCCGGAGGCGGCUCGGUCAACUACAAGCCUACACCGCCUGAGCGCGGCAGCUUUCCCCUUGACCAUGAAGGAGAAUGCAAGCACAUUAUAUCCGGAUACCUGAAAUGCAUCAAAUCCAACAAGGGCACCAACGAUGAGGCAUGCCGCAAACUUGCGAAGGACUAUCUUUCCUGCCGCAUGGACAAGAACCUGAUGGCGCCGGACAAUUUCGAGAAUCUUGGACUGGUAUUCAAGGACGGCCAGGGGGGGGCCCAACUCGCCGGAGACACAACGUACGCAAGGAACGGAAAAUAA